GCCUCCCUCCAGGAAUGGCACUUGCCUGAGCACCUCCCCGGCAGCACGCCCCACAGCUGGAGGGAGAACAGGGGGGCACUGGGACAAGAGCUGCAGCCUUCACAGGGUUUGCUGCCUGCACCAGCCAGCAACUGAGAAGAAGGAAGUGACCAUGGCUGAUGACCAAGAUCUGUCGGAGGUGGAGAUGAGCCCAGUGGGUUCUGAAGACCACCACUGCCUCUCACCAGGACCAUCCAUGGCGUCGGACAACUCUCCACACCUCACCGGCUCUGGAAAUGGGGAGAUGGGCAAGGUCAAGAAGGAGCAGCAAGACUCGGAGGCGGAUGACGACAAGUUCCCUGUCUGUAUCCGUGAGGCGGUCAGCCAGGUGCUGAGCGGCUAUGACUGGACCCUGGUACCCAUGCCUGUUCGGGUCAAUGGAAGUAACAAGAGCAAACCCCACGUCAAGAGGCCCAUGAACGCCUUCAUGGUCUGGGCGCAGGCUGCCCGGAGGAAAUUGGCUGACCAGUAUCCGCACCUCCACAAUGCUGAGCUCAGUAAGACCUUGGGGAAGCUCUGGAGGCUGCUGAACGAAAGCGAUAAGCGUCCCUUUAUUGAAGAGGCGGAGCGGCUGAGGAUGCAGCACAAGAAGGACCAUCCCGACUACAAAUACCAGCCACGGAGGCGGAAAAAUGGCAAGGCCACGCAGGGCGAGGGCGAGGGCCAGGUGGAGGGGGAGGCUGGCGGGGCUGCUGCUAUCCAGGCUCACUACAAGAACACCCACCUGGACCACAGGCAUCCUGGGGAAGGGUCACCCAUGUCUGAUGGGCACCCGGAGCACUCUUCAGGUCAGAGCCACGGCCCUCCCACUCCUCCCACCACCCCUAAGACCGAGCUACAGGCAGGCAAAGCUGACUCCAAGCGAGAAGGGCGUUCCCUAGGGGAAGGGGGAAAGCCACACAUUGACUUCGGCAAUGUGGACAUCGGGGAGAUCAGCCAUGAAGUGAUGUCCAACAUGGAGACCUUUGAUGUCAACGAAUUCGACCAAUACCUGCCACCCAACGGACACGCCGGCCACCCAGGCCAUGUUGGGGGCUACGCAGCGGCUGCUGGCUAUGGCCUUGGGAGCGCCCUGGCUGCAGCCAGUGGACACUCAGCCUGGAUCUCCAAGCAGCACGGAGUCUCCUUGUCCGCCACCACAUCACCAGUGGUGGACUCCAAGGCCCAGGUGAAAACGGAGGGGUCUGCCCCUGGAGGUCAUUACACCGAUCAACCCUCCACCUCCCAGAUAGCUUACACAUCCCUGAGUCUGCCCCACUAUGGUUCGGCUUUCCCCUCCAUCUCCAGGCCCCAGUUUGACUAUCCUGAUCACCAGCCCUCGGGACCCUACUACAGCCACUCCAGCCAAGCCUCCGGCCUCUACUCUGCCUUCUCCUAUAUGGGACCUUCCCAACGUCCUCUUUACACUGCCAUCUCUGACCCCACACCCUCCGUGCCACAGUCUCAUAGUCCCACACAUUGGGAACAGCCUGUGUAUACGACUCUCUCUAGACCAUAGGGAAUGGGGAACAGUGACCAAAGCAGCGACGGAAAGGCUCCGAAGAAUCCGCACGGGCAGAAGAGCCUCCGAACUCCGAGGUCACUCAGUGCCACCAUCCAGCCACCAGAACCCACUGAGUAUCUGGAAGUGCCUUUCUUGACCCCGGCUAUCGCUGGCUCACCCGCCUACAGGAAGGUUUUUCGUCCUUUCGCCCUGUACCGAUUUCACGCAGGCCACACAACUGGCUUGCAAGACCUUACUGGCCUUCUAGAUGAGGAAGACUCAAGACAUGGAGUGACGGGUCCGUGGUGGGCUUCGUUGUGCGCACCCUGGACUGUAAGAGGAGAAAGACUGUCCUUUCCUUCCCCUCCCCAACCUCCUCCAGCACAUUAGCAAGUGUUUCCAAAAGGCCACCAUGGCCAACUCUUUGUCAGCUGCUGCGGGUGAAGGGUGCUUGCUCAGCCUUGAUGAACAUGUCAUGGGAGGAGGAGAUGGGAGGAUGGCAUGGCCGGCUUCCUUGCAUCAGUGUUGUGCAGCAGUCCUGCCUAAGAUUCACACAUGCAUGAAUCUUGAUCCCUGCUGGAAGACCAACUUAUGCUUGCUUCCCUGCUGAUUUCCAAGCUGCACGCUAUAGCUUUUCUCCCCACCUCUUUCCUCUGUCCCAUCUGUUUAAUCCCACACUCCCUCAUGCAUGGAUUUUAUAAGGCUUGAUUGAACAGUGCAGAGGAUUCAGGAACUGCAUUGUCAGCCUUAGCCUUUCUCAUAUCAUAGCCUGUAUGUGUGUAUGCAUGUUUGUGUAAGGAGCUGAGAAGAGAUGGGGAAGGAUCUGUGGAUCAUUCAGGUGCUGUGGAUGAAUCCUCUCUUCUUACAAUUUAAUUUCUAUUGUUCACUUGUGUCUCAGAUUUCUGGCAUCUCAGUCCUUCCCAAUCUCUUCAGUAUCCCAACAAUCUCUCAGUAAACCAGGUCCUUGCUCCUCCAACAUUGGACUGUGUCUGCUGAAAACGUGAAGGCAUCAAGAAAGCUACUAUGCACUUGCCAGCACCCAGACGUAGUUCCAAUAAUCCAAUACUCACUUUGGACACUGCUCCAAACUCAGGCCAAUGGGGUGUUCAUUGCUGCUCAUUUGUUCAUCACCUUAUCGCAAUCUGUCAGCACCUCCCUCCUACUUUCGCUCAGGAUGGAAAGAUACUCUUGUGGAUAUAAGCAAGGUAGAUAUGCACCCAAUACUGGAUGACUACAGAGAAAAGAACAAUACUUAUGUGCAGAACUCAUUUUCACCUCUGGGUUUCAAGCUGGAAACAAGCAGCUCUUGCAGUCAGAUCAACCCCUUUUGUUCAGCCCAUCUCCUGAGGACAGCCUACUUAAUCUCCUUCGUCACCUCCAGGACUGGGUGGUAUGUCCUGCCAGGAAGUGAACUGGCCAAGAAGCUGCUGCAGGAAAAAGUGACUCCUGACAACUGAUCACAAAGAUGUGUUGUGGGACCUCCUAACGGGUAAUUCAGUCUAGAAAGAUAAAAUACUUCGACCGAACGUGAACUGUGAUUCGUGUCACUGCUUCCCUCCGUUGAUAUGAUGUCAGAUGUCCUUCCCACCUCCCUUAGCUAUGAAUGACUUCUCCUUGUGGUGCCUGAAGAGAUCACAUAGAAUGUUUGUUCCCUGUACGCAUGUAACCUAUUUGAGCCCUGUCCUCUUAUUUAUGCAAGUAGCACCUUCCUCCCCCUGCUCCCUUUCCCCAAUCUCUAUGCUGUCCUAGCACCAUUAACUCUGCAUUAAACAUAUGGAAUAAUAAACUUAAAAGUUUCA